AUGAGGCUCCAGCUGGAGAAGCAGCUCCUCUUCCUCUCCCUCCUCUGCACCCUCUCCAAGGUGUGUGCCCAGCUGUGCCGCCGACCGUGCUACUGCCCCUGGGUGCCCCCCCGCUGUCCCCGCGGGUCCCCCCUGGUCCUGGAUGGCUGUGGCUGCUGUAAGAUCUGUGCCCGGCGCCUGGGAGAGCCCUGUGCCUCCCUCCACGUCUGCGACCAGAGCCAGGGCCUCGUCUGUGACUACAGCACAGCGUCCAUGGGGACAGGAGCCACCUGCAACUUUGAAGAUGUUGAGGAGGGCUGCGAGCUGAACGGCCGAGCCUACCGAGACGGGGAGGUUUUCCAGCCCAGCUGCAAGCUCCAGUGCCGCUGCCUGGACGGGGGCUUCACCUGCAUCCCACUCUGCCAGGAGGACAUCCGGCUGCCCACCCCGGACUGCCCCUACCCACGGCGCGUGGACAUCCCUGGGAAGUGCUGCCCAGAGUGGAUCUGCGAGACCCGGGACCAGCACCUCCUCCUGGAUGCCAGGGCAGCCCCUGGGGCAGUGUCUCCACCGCUGCCAUCCCCCUGCCAGGAGUGGGGCACGGAGUGGAGUGCCUGCUCAGCCACCUGUGGCCUGGGCUUUUCUACCCGUGUCUCCAACCAGAACCGCUCCUGCCGGCUGGAGACCCAGCGGCGGCUCUGCCUGGCCAGGCCCUGCCCGCCCCUGCCCCCCCCGGCGGCACAGAGCAACUGUCUUCUGAAACUGGGCUUGGAAAACCGCUGGUGGCAGGUGUAG